AUGCAACCUCUAAACCCCUUCCUGGCCGCCUUCUUCAAGAGCUCCCUCCCCAGCCAGUGCACGCCGGUUCAUCACCACAUCCUAUUGGUCCCGUCAACGGAUGUGCUGCUCACGUUCCGCGAGACCGAGAGCGGGAGUGCUCCUGCUGAGGUCAUCGCCUCAGAGGACUUCCUUGCCAGCCACGUCCUCCGCGUGCCAUCUCCGAAUGGCGUCGCGGGCGGCAAAGAUGGUGCCCAGAACCUGCGAGAGGUGAGGGGAAAGGCAAAGCAGUUCACGACUCUUAAUGGGAAGAGCGUCGUUAUCAAAGAUGCUUUUAUCUACAGCAACAAAGGCUUCAAAACACUCGCUCAAGCCCAGCUUCUCAACGACAUCGUCUUCUAUCCCGACGUUUUCGAACCACGACAAUGGCUUCUCUACUAUAUCUCGAAACCACUCGUAGGCGUCUGGGAGGAGAUCAAGAUAGCACCGGCCGUGCUUGUUUCUGGCGUACGCAAGCGCAGGAUUCCUGAUCAGAAGCAGACACCGAACGCCGAGUCGACCGAAAAUGCUGCGCCUCGAAAGAAGGAUAUCAAGAGCUUUCACGACCUCCUUAACAACUUCCCUAUGAUUGCGCGCCAGAUGCAACCCGGUCUCGAGAAACUUUUCGUCGAGUUCCACAACGUCUUCCGAAGCCCGCUACCUCCGCCGCCUUCCGCCGAACAUAUACCAGACCCCCCUAUCAACGGAUCCGCUACCAAUGCUGUAAGACGGGUUCGAUCAAAUAGUGCAUCGGCGAGUAUGGGUGAAGACGGUCGACUGCCAGUGACAGAGAACUUCUAUGCCGAGGACGAUGAGGAUAUCAUGAGAGCGUCUCUCGAAACCGCAGUCACGACUGCUAUCGAUCUCUUCCAAGGAGUUGACAAGCAACAACUCUCCCUGUUGGGCGCUACAACCGAUCUAACAGGACCACUUGUGGAAAAACUGAUUGAGCGUUAUGUUACAGAAAAUGUUCACAAUCAACUUUGGCCAAGACUCAAUGCUCUAAAGAGGCCUUAUGAUCUAGAAUUAGAGGCAAAGAUUAGAAAGAUGCAGUACAUCGACAUUUCUCAGCUGGGUAUUGCCAUUGAUGGUGGUUCGAAGGCUAAACACGACCUUAUCCUUCAGCUGGGGCCCGCUGUUGAGGAGUUCAAGAAGAUAUCUAUCGCAUCUUGUCCACAAAUCAUGCUGGACAUCUUGUUGUCGACGAUAAAGAUCGUUUCACAGUUGACAGAUUCAUCAAAGGCACAGACAGCCCCUUCCGAUGCAUCGUCAGAAAAGCCCGUCAUGACUAUCAAUGCGGAUACCCUUGUUUCAUUCUUGCUCUACGUUGUCAUCCGCUCGCAGGUCAAACAGUUGCAAGCUCGUUUGAUCUAUGUCAGGAAUUUUAUCUUUAUAGACGAUGUGGACAGUGGCGAGCUGGGCUACGCGCUGAGUACUUUCGAGGCCGUGCUGGCGUAUCUUGUUCUCGACUCGGCCGGCUUGCGACGUGCUAGCAGAAGGAACAAGGCCUUAUGGGAUGCAACAAAGACCGGAACUCUGGACGAUCUCCUGAAGAUAAUGGAACCUGGCUCAGGACCUGCUGAUGAUGAUGAGUCGUCAGAAUCCCCUAUGUCUAGUCGUCGGCCGUCUGCAGUAUGGAGUCUUCAACACGAAGGCAGGUCACGGUCAGCAGGGCCCUCAAGAUCCAGGAGAUCUUCAUUACGCCUCUCCCUUCACGAUCAAUCGCCAUAUGAGCAUUAUUCUCGUGGCUCGGGACUUGGACAUGUGUUUCCUUUCCAGGCAGAGGAUGAGGGCGAAACUCACUUGCACGACUUUACAAUACCCAUCCGGAGGGUAAAAAAGGUCGCGAUGGAUACCCGAAGCAUUUCUGGUGAUUCCGAAAUUUCAUUCCACUCCCGCACCGGAAGUGUAGGAACUAUUGGCAGUGCCUUAGAAGGAGAUAUUUCAGUGGCUCGACUAUCGCAGACCAAUAAUUCCUUCGGAGAAUCAGUCCUGAUGAUGGCCAUUCAAGCGGAAAGAGGGGAAACACUCAAGUACCUACUCUCUCUGAGUGACUAUUUCUCUCCCUCCUUUGUUCUGGAUGAUAUGAACAACGAAGACACUACUCUACUAAGUGCCGCCAUUCAAAUAGGCAAUGCUCAAAUCAUCGAUCUGACCCUCAACUUUGUCAUCUCCGCGACAAACCCCAGUCAGCUGGCAUCCUAUCUAGCACAGCAAGACAUUUGGGGACGUAGUUGUGCCCAUUAUCUCUUCCACGCGCCUAUCUUGAUCACUCGCAUCGGGCACCUAAUACCAUGGCGACAAAGGGACAAGAACGGGCAGACACCCCUAUUUGCUCUCUGUCGUUCUUAUGACCACAAAAACUAUCUAGGUAUGGUCGAAGCCGGACUGAAUGCGGCGGCGGCAGCUCAACAUGAUGGACUCCCUUUGCACAUUGACGAACAUGUUGACAACAAGGGCAACACACUAUUGCAUAUUGUCAGCAACGCGAGUCUUGCAUUGAACAUACUGCAAUAUUGUGAUGUCGAUGUCAAUGCGACGAACGAUAAGAGAUUCACGGCGUUGAUGGUGGCCAGCAAGUACGGCAGGUAUGACAUGGUCCGAUCUCUGUUCGCCGAUCCAAGAGUUGAUAUAGGAGCCAAGGAGAUUAGAGGCCUUACUGCGGUUGAGCUGGCCAAGGACGAUGAUGUGCGGAACAAGAUCGAUGACCUUGCGUUGUUCAGCAUGACUCCUGGUCCAGACGCACGCAUUACUGGUGUUGUCAGGGCAUUCUUCGUGGAAGAUGCGACUGUGCGGUUGGUAUUGAAGUCAGCUGCCCCAACAGAUCAUGACAGCUAUACGGUGACAACAAGCCGCCGUUCGCUCUCCGACUUUGAGCAUUUACCCAAUCUCCUUGCACUCGAAAACCCAGCUUCAUGGAUACCAGCCCUCAACGAUGUGAGGUCUCCAUUCCAAAUACCAUCUAAGCCAUCUCGUGCUAUUCUACGCGAUAUGCAGGCUCGCGCAGAUUCGUUCCUGAAGAUAAUGCUGAUGCACCCAACAUUUGCUACCCACGAAAUGCUGUGGGAGUUUUUCCUGGUGCCAGAGCUGCAGCUGGACAUGAUGGAGCAACGAACGCUUCUCAAAACAGAGGCGCGAGCAGAGAAAGUACGCGACGAAUACGAACCGGUGGAGGACGUAAGGGAGGUGGAACAGUUUGUUAAUCACGCGCGAGAGAUGAUUCGGAGCGUGAACUACUCGAUCAAGAGUGCGACCAGACGCGCCAACAAUCUGGGACUCGUCACAGCAGACAUGUACGAUUCUUCGGUGCUGCUCCAUCGAGCCGUGUCGUCACUGCAUUUCUUGCCUCCCAAAUACAUCGAGGCGUUUGAGGUGUAUGUGCGAGCCAUCGUUCCCACCCAGUCAAAUGCACAGGCGAACCUUCACUCGUCAUUUUUGGCUUUACAAUCCACCGUUCAGGCACUACUAUCGUCCUUGUCGCGGCCACCAGCCAUCAUCUCUCAGAUGAGGGCGGCCAAGCGUGAGGCCGAUAGAAACUUUAAUUCUCUUAACAAGUCCAGGUGGCCACUCGGUCUCCUUGACGACACUAGACAACGACUAUAUGACGAGAAGGAAGAGAGGGCACGAAAAUCCCGAGAUGAAGCCGCAAACCUUGCCAAGGAACUUCGGUUUACCCAGCAGACGGUGGCCGGAGAACUGGCAGGGUGGCAAGACUUACAUGAGAGGAUGGGCCGCCAGGCCAUUCGAGAAUUCGUGCGGGGGAUGGUGGUGCAGGAGAGGAUGAAGCUAGAUGGCAUGUUGAGAGCAAUCAGGAGAGUGAGAAUGGGUGAUGAGCCGGGCCCAGAGUCUACUGCAGUGGGUAACGGGACAAUACCGCCCGCUUCUUCGCGGGCCACACGAUCUGAACCGGCAGAGUCAAGCGAGAACGGUGUUCGUGGCGAAGACGAGUAA